CCCAUACAAGGUCACGUGCAGCGUGUCAUAGCGCGUCUUAUCGAUAUCCGAUUAGCUCCAACCUCAGGCCUUCCUUGUCGGAGCCUCGAAUGGGCCAGCUGGAUGUACUGUACGAGACAAGCUGGCCAACGCCAGGCCCAGUUCGAAUCGUUGCGCUGCUGGAUCAACAGACAUUAGUUGUGUCAUACAAUCUUCAUUAACGACUUGACUGCACUUGAUCCUGUUACCAGACGGAAAAACGAAACGAUAACCUCUCACUUACCCCGGGGAAGCCCCUACGUCCAGCGUUUAUUUCAUACUCAGACAGCGAAUCUCAUUUGCUGUCGGGAUCACUCGCUCACCAUGAGUGACCUCUUGACAUACAUCCUCACUCACGAGGAUGCGUUUCGAAAGAACCGCCUCCCAUCCCUCUACUCAGACUUCGCAUUACAAAAGAGCACCAAUCCGGACGGAUACGCCGUUAACGUCGCAGCGUGGGAACAUGCGCUCACGAACGCCGCGCGAGCCGGACAGCUCUCCUCGUUACGAUCCACAUUAGGCUCCGGAGGGGGAGGUGAAAGACAGAGGAAGAAAACCGACCAUAUCGUUCUAAGAGCCGAUGAGACGCUUCUCAGGGAACUGGAAAGUCCCCAGUGGGGAAGGCCGGUUGCGUUGGCGAGUGUAUUUGACGAGGCGAUUCAGAAGCGGAGUAUGGUUCCGUUGCAAUUAUAUAAAACUAGCGGGGCGAGUCUGCAGAAGAAGCAGUGGCAGCUCAUUGACCCGGGGAUGUUAAGUCCUUGGAACGUGAUGAGCUGGGGUAUCAAACAGCUGAGGGGGAUCGUUGUGGGGUCUGAUAGUCUUGAAUCUUCACCGCGAUUACAGGCUCAGGAGCUGGUUUUGGUUGAGAAUUUGAAGGAAGCUGCAAGUCGAGUAACAAAGCAGGCGCUGAGUCUAAGCUCCUCCAAAGUCGACCUGAUCUACUCUAGAGAAAGCUUUGUGAACGAGUUUUCCACCGUGAUGGACGAUACGACGGAAUUAUCGGAAGCUGACUUCGAUGUUUUGCUUAUAUAUCUGUCUCGAGACAGUAACUCCAUUGUGUACGACGGAAAGACCGUCAAGUUCAAAUCCGGCAAUGAUACCUCGACUGAGAUAACGCAACAGGAUACCACCGUAGCGUCAAUCAAAACAUUAAUUUCCAGCCUGUCAAAGCAGGUAUCAAAUCUGGAAGGGAAGAUCAACGAGUUGAACAAUACUGCAAAGGUAGCCCUGAAUAACAAAAACAGGCUAUCUGCCCUAUCAGCGCUGCGGUCAAAGAAACUCGCAGAGCAAAAUCUGAAGCAGCGAUCAGAUACUCUGGCUCAACUUGAGGAAAUCUAUACCAAGAUCGAGCAGGCGGCUGAUCAGGUUGAGAUUGUGCGUGUCAUGGAAGCCAGCACAGGAGUCCUCCGGGGACUACAUGCCCAGGUCGGCGGCGUCGAAAAGGUAGAAGAUGUGGUGGAGGAAUUGCGUGAAGAGAUGUCCAAGGUGGAUGAAGUAGGAAAUAUCCUCAAUGAAGCAGGUCCAGUCAUUGACGAGGGCGAGAUUGAUGAGGAGCUUGAGGCUCUGGAGAACCAGGAGCUACAGGCCAAGGAAGAGAAGGAAGCAGAAAAAACCAGGAACAGGCUUGCAGAGUUGGAUAGCAUCCAGCAGGCAGCAGAGGAGGCUGCGCGCAAGGCCGAAGCAGAGCAAGGGGAUAUUGCCUCUGACCUGGCAGAGAGUAUUGGAAAGUUGUCCCACAUGUCCAUCGAGGACCGCUCCGAGCAACCGCUGGAGUCAAAGUGAACAGUAUCCAAACCCGCAAUGCCUGGAACAGCUGUACC